AUGCCACGCCCAAACAAAGAUGAAUACAACCAGGCUAACGAUGAUACUAAAUGGAGCUACGCAACAGGAAGUUGCAACUGUGAAAUCGCUGCUUCUUCCCACGAAGUAGUAUGUCCAGCUACAGUACCUUCUACCGGAGGGGGCGGGGCAUUGCUAACAUGCACGGAUGAUUCCCAGUGUACCUUAACGGGAGAAAAAUGCUGCAACGUCACUAGUGGCUCCGGAAAAGUCUGCAUCAAAGCAGUGAGUCUGAAACAUCAUGAUGACGAGGAUUGUGAUAAAAAGUCACACAAGAAGGACAAAGAUGAUUGUCACAAAAGAAAACAUGGCAAGAAACUGGUUAUAAUCAUCGUGGCGGUCGUCGUUGUCGUCGUCGUUGCUAUCGUUGUUGGAUGUGUAAUCAGAGUGAAGUGUUUCAAAAAGAAGAUCAGCGAUUCCCAAAUAGACCUGCAUAGUGAGAAGAAUGAAAGCAAACUGGGCAAGGAUUACACCCCCACUGUAGUCAUCUCAGGGGGAGGAAAACUGAAGGAAGAGGGGUGGCUCUCUGUGGCCCCGACCCCUUACAUCAGCAGUCCUCCCCCCGUGUACACAAAGACAUAAUCCAUUUCUCCAAGGAACCACUCUGCCGAGUAUGGAAAAAAAAAACUCCGGCAGAUGUAGAGACUUUUUAGACAAAACCUUUUUUUUUUUCUCUUUAAAUUUUUUAAAAGAAUUUUUGUCAAAUAAUUUUCACUGUAAAUUACUUGCACUCAAUUUUUAUUUUAAAAGCCUUCAAUAAAGCUUUGAAUUUAUUUUUGAA